AUGUUGUCUCAAAUCACACAUUCAUUGUCAUCACUAGAAUGUGUUCUGAAGUGGUUGGCAAGGUGUAUAUCUGCAAGACAGUCCGAUUUGCUAACUGCGGCUGUUCACGGGCACCCACAUGGCGGGAGCAUCGCCAACCCACCAUUGGCCAUCCCGGCGGGCGGCAUCGCUCCAUCAUCACAGCUCCUCUCCAUCCAUCCAUCAUCGCUGGGCCACAUUUCCCUCCACCAUUUCCCCCUUCGCGUGUGGUUUGGCGCGUUGAGCUCGGCAGGAGCGCCGCCUCUCAAUCAUGGCUUCCAGUCACGCAAGACCAAGGCGAUAGACUUUGGGUUUUCUUUUGGCCUGCCUACUGCCUCCGAUGAACCGUCUCAAUCCACGUCGCGACCGGACAAUGUCGGUAUUUCGCUGUUCCCUCCUGUACCACCACCGGCCUCGACGACAGAUACUGCUGUGAACACGACGACGCCCGUAGCCGCAACGGAACCGGAGAUUACGCAACCUUCCAUUAUAUCGCCGGAAAGAAAGCAGCCGGCGCAGGAGGGACCUAUUCGUCGAACACCUGGAAGCGCGCGCAACAAACUCCCGCCGCGUCCAUCGCCUUAUGAUCUACCUACAGAAGAUCCGCCGGAAGUUGGACCUAGUCGCAAGAUAAGGAAACUUGAUCAUUCUAGAAGAACUUCGACGAUAUCAUUUAGCGCGCGGGAUGAAGAGAGUUCGCAGCCCCUCAACAACGGCGUCGCAUCAAUUGCCGCCCUCCAGUCGCCCCCUAAACCGACGAGUCCACCUGCUCUCAAUGGCACACAACAUUCUCAAGAGGAACUGUCAACUACACAUGUUGUACAGGAGGAUCCUGCACCCUUACAACUACCGCAGUUGGCAGAGCCUGUAGCACCUUACCAUGCCACGGAACCGCCGCCGGAACCCCAACAAGAACCCCAAGCGAAAUCGACGCCUUCUCCGCCUGGCGAGGAAACAAGGGGCAAGCGCAAGAGACGUACAUCCCGUGAUAGUGACGUUUCUUCGCGUCGCUCUCCGCGUCAUUCUCCGCGGGGUUCUCCGCAAAACGCUGUGAGCCCCAAGGCAGCAGAUGUGGAGGGUUCGCAGGUAUCAGCAGCAAUGGAUACAUCACCGGAUGGGAAAUCACCAGUCACAGCGUCACCAAAAAUUGCUGCGCCUGAUACUACCGGGAGUCAUGAUGACACUACACAGGACGUUACCGAGCCUCAGGCUACUAGUGAAUCGCAGAUCCCCGCAGCACAAAUAUCUAGCGAAGAAGAGACCACCGCUGCAGGCAAAACCACCCAACCACGAAUCGUUAGCGAGGCCGAAGCCACUGGAUCUCUACUACUUGCUAGCGAAACUCAAGAGGCAGCUGAGCCUCAAGAUGCUGUCGAGCCCAAAGAGACGAACGGCAUCGGGAAAGCAGCCGAACCUCAUAGUACUACAACACAGACAAAGUCUCCAACACCCCCGAGAGCCAAGAGAACGAGAGAGCAACGCGCAGCAUCCGUUCAACCGCAUUCAACAACUGCUAAACAGUCUAGAGUGGUCAGGGCUGGCUCAGCAGAAAGCGCCCCAGCCCAAGGCAUGGAGAGAAAGAGACUUCGUGGACGUAUCGGGAAGAAUCAGGAGCCUAUGCCCAGUAUUCCUACAGUAGAAGAAGAGCCCGCCGAUGACACUGGCGCGACUGUUUCAUCCCAGCCAAAGGAUGGUACCGUGACCAAGGGAAGUCGACAAUCACGGCUGCCAAGACCUACUACGGUGGCGGACAAGAAGUCGACGCGCGCUGGACGCCCCGGAAGAAAACCGGCACGAUCCCAGGAUAUUCAGGAAGAAGUGCCUAUGCGCGAGGAAGAGGCGCAUCAGCCGGAAGAGCAGCAGCAUGAGCCAGAGCCAGAGUCCAAGGCCGUCACAGAACCCGAAGCAUAUCUACAGCCAGAAGCACGGACAGAACCCAAACCAUCAAGGCCUGUCAGACGUGGUCGCGGCAGGAAACCAUUGCCGGAGAAUACGGAUGAUGCGCAAGCUUCGAACGAAGAAAUUCCAGCACAAGCCGAGCAGACUGAGCCUGAAACAGAAGUACAACCGGCACAACAAACAGAACCUCCUAAACCUGCCAAACGUGGUCGUGGCAGACCGCUGUCAAGGAAAGAGAACGAUGUGACACAGGCUCCGGACGAAGAACCUACAGCUCAAGCUGAGGCAGUCGAGCCCGAGCCUGUACCAGAGCCCGAAGAAGAACCACAGCCGGAGCCUCCAGCGGAACCCGAACCGGCAAGACCUGCCAAACUUGAAGAAGCUACAGCUCAAGACGAGCCAGCCGAGCCAGCCGAGCCAACCGAAGAAGCACCACCACCUAAGAAACGCAAGCCCAGACAACCCCGGGGAGAAACAGUGCCAGUGACUGUCCAUCGUUUCGUGAACGCCACUGCACUUGGAGAAGGUCCAGAACCAGAGGAAUCGUCCGACGAGGAAGAGGAGUCCGCCGAGGGACUCACGGCGAAACAACAGACCAAGCUUGUGAGCCGAGGCGGCGUCAACGCAGCAGACGUACUAAGCCAGAUCUGCCGCGAGACGUUAGAAAAGACGCUCGCGACACUCAAGAACGGGAUCGCGAACGAAGGCAACGCCGCCCGGCGUGCGGAAUGGACACGCAAGAAGAAGGCCGUCGAGGCCUACGGCACGGAACUCGAGGGCCGUCUCUUUGAACUGAGCGAAAUGCUCGACAGUAACUUUGUUCUCGGACGCCAAAUCAAGAAAUCCAAACGGGAGAUGAUGGAUCUGCGGAGCCGACUAUACCGAGUCCGGAAAGAACGAGAAGACGUGGCAUUGCAAAUGGACGCCGUACGGAGGAAGCACAGUGAGGAAGAGAAUGCCAAAAUGGCCCGCUCAACCAUCAACAACUCCCUCCACAGUCUGGACCUCGCCCUCGAGCGCAGCCGCAAUCGCCCCGUCGACGAAUCCAGCUCCCAGAACCCCGAACCCUCCUCCACAGCCGGACUGGAGUUCCUUGUCCGCAACGUUGCGGAGAACGUGAGCUCCAUCGCCCCUGGAGCUCAAGGCGGUCUGCUACAUCAGAUCAAGUCAUUCAACGCACAGCUCGAGGCUACUGCGCGGAGACUCGAGAGUUGA